UAUUAUUCCAGCGCAACAGUUUUACAUAGUUUCAUACAUAGGAUUCUCCUACAAAACCUUCAAAGUGAUUCUGCAAAUGGAGACAGUAAGAUCAAAAAGAGCAACUUAUCAAGAUUGAGCUGGAGCAACCCAAGCCUUCUCGGAACAAAAAUGCCCAAGACUAAGCAAAACGAAAGUAAAGUAAACAAACAAACAAUAAUUUACAGAGAUCUUAAAUUUUCCAAAUCUCAACAGACACAAAGAAUAUCCAAGAGAGAUGAGAGUAUUGUCAUAUCAAAUGCAGAGCAGGUAAACUACGUGGAACUGAAAUUUCACAAAACAUCUGACCCCCACCACAGAAAAUGCCUUGUUAGAAAUCAAAGAAAAGAGCCCGGAUCUGCAGUAUGGCCAGUGAUGACUGGCAUCCUGGGGGUCCUGUGUUUAGUCUUGAUUACAGCUGUGGGUGUCUUGUUUGCAAACUUAUUUUCUAGUAAAGAAGAGCAAAACAGAGAAAUCUCACUUAUUCCUACCACACCUUCUACAAAGGAUGACUGUUCCUGUGACCUUUCUUCAAACCACUGGAUUGGGUUUGGAAACAGUUUCUAUCAUUUUUUCAAUAAGUCUAAAACAUGGCCAGAAAGCCAGGCUGCCUGUGUGGAGCUGAAUUCCCAUCUUCUGAAGAUAGACAACAAGGAAGAGCAGGAAAUAUUAUCAGUGUUGGAAAUGGAAGGAUGGAUAGGUCUCAGAAUGAAUGAAACAAAUGGGUACUGGUUCUGGGAAGAUGGCAUCGAAAUGCCCCAAAGACAAUUAACGCUUCAGAAGGGGAAGAACCAUCCUUGUGCAUAUAUGAGAGGAAAUUAUAUUAUUAAUGAUGAUUGCUCCUCUAGAAAAAGUUAUAUAUUCACAGUUCUGGAGACCAGAAGUUCAGAAUUUGUUAUCACUGUGCUGAAAUCAGAGUGA